GGGCUUAGAGGCAGUUCGCUGGUCUUGGGACUGGGUUUCACAGCGGAAGCCGCGGUUUAGGACGGCCUAGCGAUGGCACAGCAGCUCGCCCGGGAGCAAGGCAUCACCCUGCGCGGGAGCGCGGAGAUCGUGGCCGAAUUUUUCUCAUUUGGCAUCAACAGCAUUUUGUAUCAGCGUGGCAUAUAUCCGUCGGAAACCUUUACUCGAGUGCAGAAGUAUGGACUCACCCUACUUGUAACUACUGACCCCGAGCUCAUAAAGUAUCUCAAUAAUGUGGUGGAGCAGCUAAAAGAUUGGCUCUACAAGUGCUCAGUCCAGAAACUGGUGGUGGUCAUCUCCAAUAUUGAAAGUGGAGAGGUCCUUGAAAGAUGGCAGUUUGAUAUUGAGUGUGACAAAACUGCAAAAGAAGAUGGUGUUUGUAGAGAAAAGUCACAGAAAGCCAUCCAGGAUGAAAUCCGUUCAGUCAUCAGGCAGAUCACAGCUACUGUGACUUUUCUGCCACUGCUGGAAGUUUCUUGUUCAUUUGAUCUGCUGAUUUACACCGACAAAGAUUUAGUUGUACCUGAAAAAUGGGAGGAAUCAGGACCCCAGUUCAUUACAAAUUCUGAAGAAGUCCGUCUACGCUCAUUCACUACCACAAUCCACAAAGUGAACAGUAUGGUGGCCUACAAAAUCCCUGCCACUGACUGAAGAGAAGGUAAAGAAAGCCAGGAUCCUUGUUUGAUAAACGUUCCUCAUUGUUCUGUUUCUUGGGUUCCUCCUGGACUUGCCAUAAAGUCAGCAUAACAAGACUGCUGCACAUUAAGGCGAACCGACCGAUCUUUGUCAACAUUGAGGAGUGGAGUCCUUUAAAAGUGGUCAUUGUAGAUAGGAAUUCUUUUGUUAGAAAGCUAAAUGAAUCCUUAACGUUUAGCUCAGGAAUCUUGACCAGGAUAUAGAGAAGCAUAUAAUGUAAAUACAGCAGAAGGAACUGAAGCUUUGGUUAGUUCUGAGAGUCAUGAAUACUGCCUUACUGGGUCCUUUUGUCAUUUCUCUUUGUAUAUAGACCCCAUAUUGAAAUACAUGCUAAUUCAUUGAUUUUAGUGUAUAUACCAUGAACUCACAAAGCAGUUCAUACUGAUUAGUUUCUGUAAUAAAGAACUCUUGUUUUUAAUGUUUUAUAAAAUCAAGUUUUAAAUGACAGUGAUACAAAAAAUUGUUAACUUGUGUUUUACAUUUGUGUUAUAGUGUCCAUAUAAAUAGUGUGGUGUUAUGGUCAGAUAUUGCGGUAAAUUGAGUGAGUGGGUUGUUCACUUUGGUCAUGUGCUACCUUUUUCUCACAACAGUGCAGGUAAUGUGAAGAGGCAAUGUCCUUUGAAAUUAGUUCGAAUACUAGGCUACAGUAUCCUGGGUUUUGGGUUUUUCCUGUCAUAUACAUUUAUUCAUAAGUUGUCAUAUCAACAUUUUAAUGACAUUUCAAGUAAAAACUGAAGUGGAUAAAAGUUGUUACCAAA